AUGACCAUCCUCUUCGCUAUCGCGACCAUCCUGCUGCUGAAACUAGUAAACGCAUAUGAAAUAGAGUACGUCUGGCCUGGCCCGGAGAACAAGCUGACCCGCCCGCCCAGUCCCAACGCCUGGCCGUACGCGUGCUUCUGGCCGUGCUGGCAGCAGUCGGCGGCACAGGUAGGCUGCGACCCGUACGACAAGGUGUGCACGUGCAACGGGACGCCGACGUGGACAGACUCUGCGUUCUGGCAGGCCCAAUCGGCGUGUCUCUCCGCGGCCCCCUUCCCCUGCCCCUUGAGCACCGGGCGCACGGCGUACAGCGGGGUGUGCACGCCCGGCAACUAUCUGAUUCGCCCAGCGUCAAGCUCGUCCGACAGCCCCACGUUGACCUCGGGCCCGACCGACUCGCCGACGAACACCGCGGCCCCGACGACGACCACUAGCGUCGACGCCGUGCCCACCGCCGCUCGCAGGCGCAUGGGGCUCGACCUGCUUGCCCGCGCGUGCGAGCCAGGCUUCACGGCGUGCAAGGCCAACCGCGGCACAGUGAAGAACCCGUUCCAGCUCCCCAUGGCCGGGGACGCAUACGUCGCGUACUCGUGCAUCGACACCCAGAGCGACUUGGAGUCGUGUGGCGGGUGUCCCGGCGAAGACGGCGUCGACUGCUCCGCUAUCCGUGGCGCCGUGUCGGCGGCCUGCGUCCGCGGGCGGUGUGUCGUGAAGAAGUGCGAGCGGCGGUUCAGGCUGCGCCAUGGCGAGUGCUUGUGA